AUGGUAGAAUCAAUUGCAUUUAAAACUACUGACUUGUUUGUAUGGAGACUUACCUUGGCAUUCACACUUUUAGGAUCAAUUAGAGAUCAGGAGGAGGUGGAGGAAGAGAAGGAGGAGGAUCAAAAAAACAAUGAACAACUCUCUAAAACAUCUAAAUACAAUGCAAACCUAGUUAUACCACCUUUGUUUAAACACGAAUUCAUCACAAAUUUAAAAGGAAUACUUUAUCUUUAUGAAAAUGUAAAUUGUAUGGUUGAUGUUUCAAAUUUAAUUAAAAUCAUUUCAGAUUAUAUAUUUCAAGAUGGAGGAGAAUGGAAUGAAUUGAUUGAAUUUUUAAAUAAUGCUUAUAUGAUUGAGGGUAAUAGUGUACGUGAUCAUAUUUUAAUGGUAGUAAAUGAUAUGAAUCGUAGAUGGAGAAACAAGAUUGAUAUGCGAUCAGUUAUUAUGAAUGUAUUGGAACAUCAAAAUCAUCGUACAAGAUAUCAUUUUUUGGCAACUCUAGAGUUUCAACUAUAUCUUCCUCUUGUGCGCGAUAUACUAUCCACUCUAGAAGCAAAGUAUAGACAGGACUCUGAGUUUUCUCAUGAUCCUGCCAAAUUGAGACAAGUGUUUGGAAAUUGUCUAUCAAUCUCUACAAUGACCAUUUUAUUCAAUGAUGUAUCUAUUCUAGGAUCUACACACUCUGAAACUUUAUUCUCAUUGAUGGAAAUGAAUAUAAAAUCACCUCAUUUUUGUGAUUACCAAGAGAUAUUUAAAUGUUAUACAACUUUGAUAAAAUAUCUUUUAGAUACUGAUCAAUUUAAUCAUAAAUAUGUAAGUGUAUUGAAAAAAAUACUAGAUAUAAUUAAAAAAAUAGACAAUACAAUAUUUAUGAAUCAAACAAAAUUGGAGGCAAUGUCAAUAUUUUCAACCAUUGUAUUACUUGGACACAAAAGAAUGGUUAGAAAAGAAUUUUCUCAUUUUAUGAUCUAUUUAAAAGAGGAAAUGCCUGUACCACCUCCAAUGCUCAUCAAAUCAUUUACAGAAAAGUUUGAUAUUUUUAUCAAGGGACUUGGUGCAAAGCAUUUUGCAAUUUACCUACCUUUCAUUUUCCGCAUCAUGGUAGAUGAUUCAAAUCAAAACAAUGUAUUUGGAUUGAUAGUUGGGUGCGCUGUAAAGAAUUAA